AUCAUUAACCAUUUUUCUCACCGUCCUCGGCAUCGUUACGUUACUCAUUAACAAUUUGAGCUUCAUUGAUUUGGUACCCCAGAAAAUUUUGACGCGACCACCGCUGUUAGUCUUCGCAUUCGGAUAAAAAGGAGAAAAAAAAAGCCAUCACCAUGGACGCGAUCAAGAAGAAGAUGCAAGCGAUGAAGCUGGAGAAGGACAACGCCCAGGACAAGGCCGACACGUGCGAGGGCCAGGCAAAGGAGGCGAACAUGCGCGCGGACAAGGUCAACGAGGAGGUCCAGGAGCUCACGAAGAAGCUCGCCCAGGUGGAGAACGACCUUAUCAACAACAAGUCCAACCUCGAGCAGGCCAACAAGAACCUCGAGGAGCGCGAGAAAUCCCUCACCAAUGCCGAGUCCGAGGUCGCCGCCCUCAACAGGAAAGUCCAGAUGAUCGAGGAGGACCUCGAGAGGUCCGAGGAGCGCCUCAACACCGCCACCGCCAAGCUCGCCGAGGCGUCCCAGGCGGCCGACGAGUCCAGCCGCAUGUGCAAAGUGUUGGAGAACCGCGCCCAGCAGGACGAGGAGCGAAUGGACCAGCUGACGAACCAACUCAAGGAGGCCCGGCUCCUGGCCGAGGACGCGGACGGCAAGUCGGACGAGGUGUCCCGCAAGCUGGCCUUCGUUGAGGACGAGCUCGAGGUGGCCGAGGACCGAGUCAAAUCCGGAGAGGCCAAAAUCAUGGAACUCGAGGAGGAGCUGAAGGUCGUCGGUAACAGCUUGAAGUCCCUGGAGGUCUCCGAAGAGAAGGCCAAUCAGAGAGUCGAGGAGUUCAAGCGGCAACUCAAGACCCUGACGGUCAAGCUGAAGGAGGCUGAGGCACGCGCCGAGUUCGCCGAGAAGACCGUCAAGAAGCUCCAGAAGGAGGUCGACAGGCUCGAAGACGAGCUCGGCAUCAACAAGGACAGAUACAAGUCUCUGGCCGACGAGAUGGACUCCACCUUCGCCGAGUUGGCCGGUUACUAAUUUACCUCGACUUCGAACAUCACCACACUUCACGAGCAAAAGAAGGAAGAAAUAUAUUUUUAAGAUAUAUUUGUCACACACGAUCGCCCAAACGAGACACAUGUUGUUCAUCCAAAGCAAUUAUUAUCUCGUGUUGCGCAGCUCAUCGGGUGGCUGCGUAUAAAAACACAGUGCGUGUAUUGACAAUAUUAAGAACAAGAUAAAAAUUAAACAAAAAAAGAAAAAAAAAAUGCCAA